CGGCAGCAGAUUGCAUUCUCCGCCCUCUGCGAUCUGGACUGCGCCGCAGCUUCAGUGAGCCGCGCGGGACCAGCCGGGGCGGGGCCUGGCCGACCCGGGUUUGGCGGGCGGGUCCCUAGGAAUGCUCUCAUCCCCGCCCCAAAGUGCCACGGUGGCGGUGGUGGCGGCCGCGAGGCUGAGUGCCUCCGGCCCUGCCAGCCUCACAAUCAUAACCUGUAAUCCCGACCUGAGGGACGUCCGCCGGGGAGGCGCCAGCCCGCUGCUCCCUGCGGCCGCUGGUAGCCUCCGACCUCAAAUCACCCAGCUCACUUGCGGGUCGCAGCACCUGCCGGAUGUGGGGAGGAAGGAGGAGGCCAGAUGAGGGAAGUCAGAUGUAGGCGCCCACUCUGUCCGCGCCUCAGUAGGGCAGCUGGGUGGGCAAGCCUGCAGUCGCUCCCAGCAACCAGCCCUGGGCUGCGGGGAGACGAAGUUGGUUGGUCCUGCCCUCCAACAGCGCCCCGACAUCGAUCGUAAAAUGACUUGGCACCAGAGCUCCUGCCGCCUCCCCCUAAUGCAGUUGCCCUCGCCGACGCCAGGGACUGUAAAGUUAGAUGUGACGAGGCCUAGCGGUUCACCCAAUGCUUUGAGCUUCCCAGCCAAACUCCUACCCCCACUCCCCGCCUCCGGUCCUCAUCCCUUUCCUUUCUCCCAGCCUCGGUGUCUGGUUACGGCUCCUCUGCUUGCAUUGUGACUUUGGGCCAGGCUGGGGGAAAUGGCCCAGGAGGGUCCCUUGCGGCUGCAUAAAAUUGGCAGCCUUAGAACUAGUGGGAAGGCGGGUGCGCGACAUCGAGGGGCGGAGAGAGGGGGGCGGAGGAGCUGCUUUCUGAAUCCAAGUCGUGGACUCUCUCAGAAGUCCUCAGGCCGGAGCAGAGGUGGCUGGCGGGCCCGGCUGACUGCACCCCUGCUUUCUUUCCAUCAUCCUCUCUUUCGGACUCGAAUCAUAGCUUCUCCGAAGGGCGUAGUCCAGGAUACUAGGGUGCCGAGAACGCGCUGAUGCUCCGAGUGCUCGCAGGGCUUCCAGCUAACCAUGCCGCCGCUGCCCGCAGCUGCCUUGGCGCUGCCUCUGCUCCUGCUACUGCUGGUGGUGCGGACGCCGUCCCCGACCGGCGCAAGGCCGUCCCCAGGCCCCGAUUACCUGCAGCGCGGCUGGCUGCGGCUGCUAGCGGAGGGCGAGGGCUGCGCUCCCUGCCGGCCAGAGGAGUGCGCCGCGCCGCGGGGCUGCCUGGCUGGCUUGGUGCGUGACCCAUGCGGCUGCUGCUGGGAAUGCGCCAACCUCGAGGGCCAGCUCUGCGACCUUGACCCCAAUGCUCACUUCUACGGGGGCUGCGGCGAGGAGCUUGAGUGCCGGCUGGACACAGGCGGCGACCUGAGCCGUGGAGAGGUGCCAGAACCGCUGUGUGCCUGUCGCUCGCAGCGCCCGCUCUGCGGGUCCGACGGUCACACCUACGCCCAGAUCUGCCGCCUGCAGGAGGUGGCCCGAGCUCGGCCCGAUGCCAACCUCACUGUGGCACACCCGGGGCCCUGCGAAUCGGGGCCCCAGAUCCUGUCGCAUCCUUAUGACACUUGGAAUGUGACAGGGCAGGAUGUGAUCUUUGGCUGUGAGGUGUUUGCCUACCCCAUGGCCUCCAUUGAGUGGAGGAAAGAUGGCCUGGACAUCCAGCUGCCAGGGGAUGACCCCCACAUCUCCGUGCAGUUUAGGGGUGGACCCCAGAGGUUUGAGGUGACUGGCUGGCUGCAGAUCCAAGCUGUGCGUCCCAGCGACGAGGGCACCUACCGCUGCCUUGCACGCAAUGCCCUGGGUCAGGUGGAGGCCCCUGCUAGCUUGACAGUGCUCACACCUGAUCAGCUCAACUCUACAGGAAUCCCCCAGCUGCGAUCACUAAACCUGGUUCCUGAGGAGGAGGCUGAAAGUGAAGAGAGUGAUUACUACUAGAUCCAGAGUUCUGGCCCAUGGGGGUGGGGCUCCACCAGGAUCCUGGCGCCACUGCGGGAGGGCCUGCCCUUGGAUCCGCGUCACAGUUUGUCCUCUAGGGCCGAACGCAGGGAGCCCGGUCUCCUGGGAGGGGCGUGGUUCGGAACUCCAACCCGAGGACUUGCCUGGCCGCCCCUCCUGCGGCUACGCACUACUCCAUCUACUGCUGCCUUGCCCACGGUCCCUAAGCCAGGGACAGAUUUUAUUGCCGAACCCGGGCUGAAGCCAGGCGGUCCCUGGAGUCGCGCAACAGCGCAAGCGGGUUGGAUACCAGUAGCUGAUUCCAGGGCGACCACCGAAGCAGGAGCAGAGGGGUAGGCGGGGGUGGGGCGUGCUGUUCGGCGUCGUGGCCAGAAUCCUCUGGGCGCUGAAAGAGGGGACAUGGGAGUAAGUCCCAGUAUCAACCGGGUAAUCCGCCCCCUAGUUUGCUCUUCGCCGAACUGGGCUCCAAGGCGCCCUCUGCGGGCCCAUAGCUCCUACCGCGCCCACCUGCAGAGCAGAGGCUCCUCGCCAAAAGCCCCACCCCACCGGAGAGGGUCAUGUAGGUCCCGGGGGAAUCCUUACUCCUAGAUCGCGUUAGCCGACUUUGUAGGUGUUCAGGAGCAGCCUCGUAGCAGCCUCAGUUCCCCUCCCCCGCCACCGCCGUGCUAGUUCAAGCCCCACAGCCUGGAAUGGGAGAACUGUUGCCCACCGCCUCCUCCCUCCCCGCACCCCGCCUCUGCUGCAGCGGACGCGCUUUAAUAACGUCGCUGGAAAGUGACACGCGAUUUAUUAUUAAAGUAAUGCGGGCGCGGGGACGGGAAAGGUUUAAUAAACGUGCUGAGAUGCCGAGGAUUAUUCACCGCAAAUAAAUGAGAGCGCGGGCGGCGUUUUAAUAAAUAAUUUCCUGCUGCUCCCGGGGGAGGGAAGAGGAGGGGGAAGGAGGAGGAUGGGGAGGCUGAGCCGCUGUCAGAACUCCCGGCUUCGCCUCCCCACGGGCUUCCAAGCCAUCCCCGCGUUCUGUGUCCUAGGUUGCUCACACCCGAGAUGUGAGGCUCCAGGAGCUCUAACCCAGAGUUGCCCAGGCCUGAAGGCGGAAGAGGCUCAGUCGCACCCUGCUUCCCCCACUCCGAGAUUUUAAGUAUAGUCCGCUUCAAAGUAUAGUCCUCAAUUCCAGGAACCCUGGAAUGCGCUUUCUUCAUAGGAGCCAGGACCAACCGGGGCAGCAAGGGUUCCUCGGACCAGCCCCUCCCAAGCCUAGGCUUCCAGGUCUCAGCCGGGCCCUUCGCCCAGCUUUUAGCUGAGCCGGGCUGGGCGUGCGUCUCUCCUCCACCUAGGGCAGGGGGUGAAGAGGAAGCCAGAGGGGGCUGUCUGCAAAUGACCACCGCGGGUUACCUCCUCGGGCUGUCAUGAGGAGGCGGGCCGCUUCGUCUGGAUGCUUGUAACCGCGAAGAAGCCAAAGAAGGGUUGCGCAACCGUGCUGCGUAACCGAGGGUGUCCGAGCGAAGCCCAGCCCCUGGGGCUCUGGUGACCGGGGGUCGCUGUGCGCACUGAGCAGAACUCUCCGCUCGAAGCCGGAGAGUGACCCUCAAAAAGAUGCCUGAAAGCCGGAAAGAUAAACCCGACUCAGAGAGCGCCAAGACUGCAGACCCUGGGGACCGAGGACACGCUCACCACGCUGGUGGGGGCUGGGGGGAGGGCGCGAGCGGUGGCGUGCGGGGAAGCGCCAGGGGUACUCCUGGCUCUGCGAGUUUUAGCGGAAAUAGGCGACAUCUCUGGCAACACUUGGAAGUACAGGAAGUGGGGAAGGAGCGCUAUCUGGUGGAUCAUUCUGGUAGUAACAUUCAGACCUGGGCCAGGGACCUUGAGACAAUUUACUUGACCUGGAAAAAUCUGAGUUAAAAAAAAAAAAAAGAUGCUUCAA